AUGGGCAAGUCGUCCAAGGACAAACGCGAUGCGUACUACCGCCUCGCUAAGGAGCAAGGUUGGCGAGCACGAUCCGCAUUCAAAUUACUACAGCUGGAUGAAGAAUUCAAUCUUUUCGGGGAUGUCACUCGAGUCGUGGAUCUUUGUGCAGCUCCUGGCAGUUGGUCACAAGUGCUCUCGCGUAUCUUGAUUCAAGGUCAGACCGUGGGCAGAGCAGCUUGGGAAGACAAGCGAUAUCAGGAAUUGCGUCGUCUGCGGGAAGCUGGAAGUCUACCGGAAGAAUAUCGCUCUGGGCUUUGCGCUCCUCCUUCGAGCAAGCCAAGAAAAGAUGUCAAAAUCGUGGCCAUAGACUUGCAGCCAAUGUCGCCGCUGGAGGGCAUUACAUGUCUCAAAGCAGAUAUCACUCAUCCAUCGACCAUUCCACUUUUGCUCAAAGCUUUGGAUCCAAGCUACGACCCUAUGUCAACAUCAAUCGAGGCUUCACAUCCUGUAGACCUGGUACUUUCGGAUGGUGCACCGGAUGUCACUGGUUUGCACGAUCUCGACAUAUAUGUGCAAUCACAACUACUGUGGGCUGCUCUCAAUCUUGCACUUUGUGUCCUGAAGCCAGGUGGCAAGUUCGUCGCGAAGAUCUUCCGUGGCAAAGAUGUGGAUCUGCUCUACGCUCAGCUCAAAGUUGUUUUCGAGGGUGUGACAGUAUCGAAACCGAGAAGCAGUAGGGCCAGCAGUGUUGAGGCCUUCAUCGUCUGCACAGAUUUCCGACCACCUAGAUGCUUCAGAGCAAGUCUCGACAGUCCUCUCGGCGCGCGGAACACGCUACAACAGAAUGGUGAUAAAGACCUGGCGUUAUCAACGGAACGUUCACGCAUAACCAGAGACGACGGCAUCAUCGAGCUGAUCGUGGGUUCAGAGCCACAACAUACCGACGGUGACAUUCGCUGGAUCGCGCCCUUCCUGGCGUGCGGUGACCUGAGUUCUUUUGAUGCGGAUGCGAGUCACAAAUUACCAGAGGGGCACGUGAGUCUAGACCCAGUGCAGCCUCCUACCGCACCACCCUACAAGACGGCACUGGAAGAGCGGAAGAAAAUGGGAGGGGCCUAUGGCAAGACGAAACUGGGCACCGGGAUAUGA